GUGGAGAGUCCAAAACAGCUCUCCCCCUUUCCAACCGUCAAAGUGCAUCCAGCAAGGAUCGUCGUGAGAGUACCUCAUCCCCAUACCAAGUCGCGGGGAUGGUGGUCACACACUUGCGAAUCCGACCCCCCGGCCCAAUCUCUCGCGCUUUGCGCGCCGUUAGCCGUUACCUGCCCCAGUUGAAUUUCAUCACCCUCCAUUACCUAUAUUUUGUGGCAACAUGUUUAAUUGGAAGUCUCAUCAUCUGGGGCUCGUCGACCCCAUUUCGAAGCCUCAGCUAUGUCAAUGCGCUCUUUCUUUCGGUGAGCGCGAUGACAUUGGCUGGGCUGAAUACGGUAAAUCUCUCAACGCUCAACACUUUCCAACAGUUCAUGCUGUUCGCCUUGACCUUGCUCGGAUCAGCAAUACUGGUAUCGGCGGUGGUGGUGAGCGUGCGCAAGAAAGCCUUUGAGGCCAAGCUCCGGCACACGGUGCAUGCACAGUUCCGAAAGACGAAAGCGCAAGCAACUUCGAGAGCUCUGCCAGACGGAGCUCUAGCCAUAUCCAGCCCUGGUAGUUCAGGCCCUGGCAACGCCCAACUUCAGCAGGAUACUUUAAGAGACAGGAUCCCCUUUGAGUGGACUGAGACACGGGCCCGCGGUCGGCCAUCGGAGGAUGCUGAGAAGCAACACAAUGCUCUCCAUAGCCUCCACUCUUCACAAAGCGGUCCAGACUCGGAAGCUUCCGAGCUUCCUAGAUACGAAUUUCACGAUCGCCCGCCGGGUACUGGGAUUACCUUUGCAAGUGAUGCUGAAUCUCGAGAUUCUCUUAGCAAAUAUAAUGAAGCUGGCAAACGGCGUCAUUCGCGAAUGUUUUCAAUGCAAGGUGUUGGCGCGGAUCCAAACGCUGCCGUGUUGCAUCAUUAUGGUCGAGCCUCGGGCGGGCAUCGACCAAGCUGCAAUCGCGCAUCUGCCACGAGCGAGCGUCGCCCGAGUGGAGACACGCUAUCCAUGGCCUCUGGCUUUAUUGGUCGGAACUCCCGAUUUUUCGAUCUCAGCCCUUCUGACCGAGAAGUCCUUGGAGGUGUUGAAUACCGGGCGUUGAAGUUACUAGCUUGGCUGGUCCCCGCAUACUUUAUCUUAUGGCAGCUGUUGGCAUGUCUAGGGCUCGGUGCUUGGAUUGCACGGAACAAAGCCGAUGUAGCACGCGCGAAUGGCCUUAACCCAUGGUGGGUCGGCGCCUUCAAUGCUGUUUCCGCCUUUAACAACAACGGCAUGAGUCUCUUGGAUAUGAACAUGAUUCCAUUUCAACAAUCGUACUACGUGCUAAUAACUAUGGGACUUCUCAUACUGGCUGGAAACACUUGUUAUCCUUUAUUCUUGCGACUUUUCAUUUGGAUAAUAUAUACUGCAACCCCGAAUACGCCAUCGUUUGCUGAACGGAAAGAAACACUGCAAUUUAUGUUAAACCAUCCAAGGCGUUGCUACACCAACCUGUUUCCUGCGCGUCACACCUGGUGGCUCCUGUGUGCUGUCGUUACACUGACUGGGAUCGAUUGGGUUGCGUUUGAGAUACUCAAUAUUGGUAAUCCUACAAUUGAGAGUCUGCCACAUGGCGCCCGAGUUAUGGACGGUCUUUUUCAGGCUAUCGCUGUGCGAUCCGGCGGCUUUUAUAUUGUCAACAUUUCCUCUCUGCGCGUCGACCUUCUCGUUCUCUAUGUCAUCAUGAUGUACAUAUCCGUUUACCCCGUGGUCAUUACCAUGCGGAACUCCAACGUCUACGAAGAGCGCAGCCUCGGUCUUUACGCCGACGACCCUGUGAUCCAAGAGCCGGCCAAUAAUUCCGGAAGAUGGGGCUCUAUACUCGGGGGACUAAGACGACAAAUGACUCGAACGGAUACAGGCGAGACCAAAGGUUACUUUGUUCGGCAGCAGCUAAGAGCUCAGCUUGCGCAUGAUCUUUGGUGGGUCGUGCUGGCAGUCUUUUUGAUCACAAUUGUCGAAUCUGGCUCCUACGAACGCAACCCCGUAACCUACUCAGUCUUCAACAUCAUGUUCGAAGUUGUAUCUGCGUACGGUUGUGUGGGCAUCAGUACCGGUCUUCCUGAUCAGAAUUAUAGCUUUGUCGGCGGUUGGCACACCGUGAGCAAACUGAUCCUGUGCGCUGUGAUGAUCAGAGGUCGACAUCGCGGUCUACCUGUAGCAAUCGACCGCGCCGUUCUUCUUCCAGGAGAACACCUUGCCGAGGCAGAGGAGGAAGAUGCACAGAUUGACCUGAUGGGAAGACCCAAUAGUAGGAGAGGUAUUGUAUAGAUCUAUUGAAGAAUCCGUGAAAAAAGUGUAGGGGGUUUCAUCUGCUGGAAUUGGAAGCUCAUU